CCUGAUAAAAGGGGGGCGCGUGCCUCCGCCGCGCGGCUUUAGAGGAGCGGACGGACGGAGGAGGACAGCGGCACCAGGAUCCUCCGAGAGCGGACGUUGAACCCGUGAAGCUGCACAGCGCAGGAAGAAGCUGCUCUGUCUGACGGACCAUCUGACAGUAAAAGAACCCCGUGAACCCUCCCAGCAUGAAGAAAAGCAGGAGUGCUCUUGGGGUCACACCAGGUGAUCUUGGAGUUUGAGAAUGGCCCGUCUCUGUGCUGCAGUCCUUCAGACCCGCAGGCCUCCCCGGGCUCAGGCCUGGUCCUGCACCCCAACGUGGCGGCCCACGGCCAACGCAGGGAGUCCUUCCUGUAUCGCUCUGACAGCGACUAUGACCUAUCACCCAAGUCCUUGUCUCGAAAUUCUUCUAUUGUUGGAGAGCUGCACAGUGAAGACUUGAUUGUGACUCCAUUUGCUCAGGUUCUGGCGAGCCUUAGGACUGUCAGGAACAAUUUCACCACUUUGACAAAUGUGCAGUGUGUAUCUAAUAGGAGGUCUCCUGCAGCCCACCAGCCCUGCGUCACCAAAGUCUGUCUCUCAGACGAGUCCUACCAGAAGCUGGCCAUGGAGACGAUGGAGGAGCUGGACUGGUGCCUGGACCAGCUGGAGACCAUCCAGACUUACCGGUCCGUCAGCGAAAUGGCCUCAAACAAGUUCAAAAGGAUGCUGAACCGGGAGCUGAGCCACCUGUCUGAGAUGAGCCGCUCAGGCAACCAAGUGUCCGAGUACAUCUCCAGCACCUUCUUAGACAAGCCAAACGAACUAGAGCUGCCAUGUCCGGUUCAGAAGUCCAGAGAAAGGAAGAGGAGGCAGGGUCAGCAGCAUCAACAACAACAACAGCAGCAGCAGCAGCAGGUUGGGAUGAUGGCGCAGAUCAGCGGGGUCAAAAAGGUCAACCACACUUCCAACGUCUCUGCAAGCAGCGGAAAUCGCUUCGGAGUCAAAACCGACCAGGAGGAGCUGCUUUCCAAAGAUCUUGAAGACAUCAACAGAUGGGGGCUGAACAUCUUCCGAGUGGCGGAUCAUUCUCACCACCGGCCGCUCACCUGCAUCAUGUACAGCAUUUUUCAGGAGCGAGACCUGAUGAGGACGUUCAAGAUUCCGACCGACACCUUUGUGACGUUCAUGCUGACCCUGGAGGACCACUACCACUCGGACGUGGCGUACCACAACAGUCUGCACGCGGCCGACGUGGCCCAGUCCACGCACAUCCUGCUGUCCACGCCCGCUCUGGAUGCCGUCUUCACAGAUCUGGAGAUCUUGGCAGCCAUAUUUGCCGCAGCUAUUCAUGAUGUGGACCACCCAGGAGUGUCUAACCAGUUCCUCAUCAACACAAACUCGGAGCUGGCGCUGAUGUACAACGAUGAGUCAGUGCUGGAGAAUCACCACCUGGCCGUGGGCUUCAAGCUGCUGCAGGAAGACAACUGCGACAUCUUCCAAAACCUGAGCAAGAAGCAGAAGCAGACGCUGCGCAGGAUGGUCAUAGACAUGGUCCUGGCCACGGACAUGUCCAAACACAUGAACCUGCUGGCCAAUCUGAAAACCAUGGUGGAGACAAAGAAGGUGACCAGCUCCGGUGUCCUGCUGCUGGAUAAUUACACGGACAGGAUGCAGGUGCUGUGUAAUAUGGUCCACUGUGCAGACCUGAGUAAUCCCACCAAACCUUUGGAUGUGUACCGGCAGUGGACAGACAGGAUCAUGGACGAGUUCUUCCACCAGGGGGACAGGGAGCGGGAGAGGGGGAUGGAGAUCAGCCCCAUGUGUGACAAGCACACAGCCUCGGUGGAGAGAACACAGGUGAGCUUCAUAGAUUACAUCGUGCACCCUCUGUGGGAGACGUGGGCCGACCUGGUCCACCCCGACGCCCAGGACAUCCUGGAUACACUUGAGUACAACAGGAACUGGUACCAAAGCAUGAUCCCCCAGAGCCCCUCUCCUCCGUUCUACGCCAGCGACGGAGAAGGAGGCCCACUGCGGGACAGUGAAGGGGGGCCUGUAGCCAGUAAAUUUCACUUUGAGCUGACUCUGGACAGCGAGGACACAGAGGGACACAGGGACAGUGGGGCGAUGGACGCGGGCGUUGACCAGGUUGGGACAUGUGACGUCUCGGCUGCAGACACCUAGCUGGAAAACGGAGCGACUCUCGUUGAGUUGGUUGAAUUGCAGUGGAGCCAUCCUGCAGUGUGGCUUUGUUGUUGUUUCUUGGAGCUGCCUGGUGAAGCAGGCCUGCCUGAACGCCGGGCGCCCCCCGCAAACGAGGCCUGGAAACCCUGUUGCAGUUUGUUUGCGAGCCCCGCGAGACGGAGCUGGGAGGAGCGUCUUCUCUGGUCUUCGAUGAGAUGAAUCCGGAGCGUAAACGUCUCAAACAGACGGGAUGAACUGGGAAACAGAAACCUUCCCAACGUUGCACUUCAGCACAUUUUUCUUUUCAUGUGUUCAUAACUGUAUUUCAAAACUGGAUACCACAACAAAAAACGACUCAUCAGCGGACUAUUAGUAACCAUGGAAUUGUUUGGUUUUCACAGUUUGUCUAAAAAAAAAAAAAAGAAAACGGUUGAGCCUUUUGUUUUGUACAACCAUGUGUUUUUGUAAGUGUUUUAUAUCCUGUAGUAUUUAACACAUUCAUGUAGCUGUAAAAUGUGUCCAGUUUUCUACAAAAGGACAUAAUCGUCUCAGUCUUCCUAAAAGUCUGGCAAUAGUUUAAAGUUAUUCUCACAAAAAAAAGGUGGAUGUAUGUUGAAAAUCAGUGGACUUCCCAGCACAAUUUGCACUUUGUGGCACACUGUAAAACCAGGAGUGUGGAAGGACAGGAUGCUUGGAUCGCCAAAAAAAAUGCUUUUUUAUGAACCCAAAUAACUUUUUUUAACCUAAAGCGCAACAUGUAGGCAUUUCUGUCGCUCCAAAAAAAAAAAAAAACCCUUCCAAAGAUUUAAAAAAAAAACCCGAAGCAGCACUUUUCACUGUCACUGAAAGAGCAACACCUGAAGAGUCACCGGUGAUACAAAGCGAAGUCACGCAGAUUUAUUCAAACUUUCUCUUCUUAGAGAAUCAAGGCAAAUAGAGCCUGUUUUGUUUUUUUUGAAAUAGUUUACAAACACAAAGUUCCUGACUUAUUCCUCUCUGCUUUCCCAUGACACAAAACUAGUUUCACUUCAUAAUCUCCUCCGUUCAUCGGUUCACACACCUGUUUGUGCUUCGCAGCGUGCCAUUCUCCUGAACGCGCUUUACGUGGUGACUCGUUAUGACCUCUGGAUGACCGUAAGACGGCGCACAGUUUAACGAAAACAAAUAGUGACAGAAUAUUUGUACAAAAUGUAGAUUUUUGUUUCUCGCAGCACCUUGAAUACACUGACAGCUCUGCAGCUGGUUGCAGAUCUGUUCAACACUUCCUGAAAGGUACAGCAGACGUAUGAUGAGGGGGGAUGACGCGUUUGUGUGGUCGUCUCCUGCGCGCGUGUGUGUGCGUGAGUGUGUAUCUGAAGUGGUCACAGAGUGUCUUGUUACACCAAGCUGUGUUGUGACGACAGUAAUACUGUAUUUAUUAUUACCUUUUCCCUGUACAUAAUGAUUGCUAAUAUUCACUGUAUAAUUAUUAUUUAUAUGCACUACAACACGUCACAGAUUGACUGAACUUGUCUUAUUUUAGUCUGAUAUUUUGCUACAAGACCUUUUCGAGAAGUCCUGAAAAGUAUGUCUGCUUUGUCAGAGGAGUUCACCUCCUGAGCCGACGGCAGUUUUUUAAUCAUUUGCUCCUGGCAGGUUGUUGUGACUGGAUAUUUACUGCAGCCUGUGUGUACGGUGACGGGUCAUUGUACAGCUGUAGGAAAAGUUGCUGAAUUAUAUAGCAUUGUUUCAAAUAUAUUUUUUCAGUGUUUUCCUCACAGUGUAUUGUUCAAGUUGUGUAUGUUGUGCUCAACAAAUGUUUUCUAUGACUAUUAAAAUGAGCAUGUAUAACAGAG